AUAAUUUUGUAUACGAUCAUAUUAUAGCAAUCUUUAUCUCCUGGGAGGUGAUAUAGCUGUAUGUUCUUGAGAGAAAAGAUAAGCACCUGAAAAUAUAAAUGCCUUUUUUAAUUUCUCUGAGAUAAAGCAAGAAGCAGAAGCAAACCCACUAUUUUUAACCGACUGUUUGGAUAUCCCAUUCAUUCAUUCAUUCUUUCUUUCUUUCCCCUUCAACCCGCAGUAUUGUUAUUUGUUGCUUUGUUUAGUUUGAAAAGAAAGAGGGAAUUUUUUAUUUGUCAGAUUUCCGAUUAAAGGUGUAAUCUUGAAGCCUUUUGCAUUGCCUCUCCCACUAAAACUCGGGGUUCGUGCUUGACCAAAUUCGCUUUAGUGAGCUUUGUGUAUGCGGGGCUCUCCGUUUCUUCAUUUUUUUAAAAUCUAGAUUUAUCGUGAGCGAACUUUAAUAUACUAAUAAGCUUUGUGUUUUAAGUUCUUGCAGUUCAUUGUUGUUUGGCUGGCUCCUUUUUACUGCAAGGUUAUUUGAGGGGUUUUAGUGAAAAAAACGAGCUGCAGAGAAUCUUUGAUUUCGAGGUGGCCAUAAGGGAUGAUGGCUCGUUCGUUUCUGAAGAUUGAUGAGUGGGUUCUCUGCCUUUUCAUACUUCUAUCUGCAGUUCCCUUCCACCAUGGAUUUACAGAUCCUCGUGAUGUUUUUGCAAUAACUCAGUUACAUGCUUCUCUGGGCCUCCCGUUGCUUCCUGGAUGGAUUCCGGGAGGAGAUCCCUGUGGGCCGCCUAGUUGGCAAGGGGUGGAAUGUGUGAAUGCUAAUAUAACUGCACUAAAGCUCAGUAGCGCAAAUUUGGGAGGCGAAUUGCCUGAAGAUUUGGGAAUGUUUGCCUCAAUUAUAGAUAUAGAUUUGAGCAACAACCACAUUGGAGGCAGCAUACCAACCAGUUUGCCAAUCACUCUUCAGAAUUUUUUUCUUUCAGAUAAUCAGUUCACAGGGGACAUUCCAAACUCUCUAUCUUCGUUAGGCCAAUUGAAAUCUUUGUCUCUGAACAACAAUCAACUAACAGGUGCAAUACCAGAUGCCUUUGAACCAAUUACGGGUUUGAUUAACAUGGAUUUAUCCUGGAACAGCUUGACUGGUGUGCUUCCACCUUCAAUGCGGAGUUUGUUAUCUCUCACAUCAUUGCAUUUGCAGAAUAAUCAACUUAUAGGAGUGCUUGAUGUUAUUCAAGAUCUUCCCCUGACAGAUUUGAACGUAGAGAACAACCUCUUCUCGGGACCUAUUCCUGGCAAACUGCUAAAUAUUCCCAGUUUCAGGAGAGCUGGAAACCCUUUUAACACUACUAUCCUUCCCUCUCCGCCCGCCUCGCCUCCCGUAUCCCCCACUAAGGCACCUUCACCUCAACUUGCUUCUAGUCCUGGAUCCAAUGUUCAUGGCCAGUUUGUUUCUCCGUUACCACAAUCUGGUGGAGAGAAGAAAAAUACAUCAAACAAAAUCACAUGGAUUGCUGUUGGAGGGUUGGUGUUGAUUUUGGUACUUGUUUUGGGGUUAUUUCUUUCUAUAUCCCGUUGUUGUAAGGGAAGGAGAUCGAUGGAGAAAAUUUUCAAGAGCAAUGAAGUAGGUUAUGGUAGCCUGUCAGAAACACAUAAGCAAGAUGAGACUUCACAAUUUCAUAAAGUACCCCAAGGUCUCAAAAAAGUGGAUUUGCAACCAGCUGAAGCCAGUCAGACGAGGAAUGCAUUACUAAAGCAGGGGAAGGAUCAUAGUAUAGAUAUGACAGGAUUGAGUAAAAGUGAUCCGCGGCCAAGCCCUCUUCCUUUUCCGCUUCUUCCUGCUGAAAGGAUUGCUGCGGAUCCUACUUUUACUUCAUUGAAUCCAACAGGAAGUGCUGGUAAAAUUGUAGAAUCUGUGAAGCUCUUCACUAUUGGAAUGCUUCAACAGUACACAAAUAGUUUCUCUCAAGAAAAUCUUAUUGGGAAAGGCAUGCUUGGGACUGUGUAUAGCGCGCAGCUUCCUAAAGGAAAGGUUCUAGCUGUCAAGAAGCUGGAUAAGGCUGCAUCAGUGCAUCUAAACGACCAAGAGUUCCUUGACCUGGUGUCAAGUAUCUCUAACCUUCGGCAUGCAAAUAUUGUCGAACUUGUAGGUUAUUGCCUUGAGCAUGGAGAGCGCCUUCUUGUCUACAACUACUGUGGAAAUGGGACUCUUGAUGAAGCACUAAAUUUGGAUGAUGAGAUCAACAAAAAGCUCUCAUGGAAUACUCGCAUGAUUCUAGCGCUUCAAGCUGCCAAAGCCCUAGAAUAUUUGCAUGAGACGCGGCACCCUCCCAUUAUGCACCGCAACUUCAAGUCCUGCAACCUGCUGCUCAAUGACGAUCUCUCCGUACAAGUUUCUGACUGUGGUUUGGCUUCUCUCAUGCCAGCCAAUUCCAUUGCUCAGUUGCAAAAUUCUGGAUAUGGCGCUCCAGAGCUUGACUUUGGAAGCUAUUCUUACCAGAGUGAUGUUUACAGCUUCGGAGUUGUGAUGUUGCGGCUUUUAACAGGGCGAAAAGCUUAUGACAGGUCACGUCCCCGGGGAGAGCAAUAUCUGGUUAGAUGGGCAUUCACGCAGCUUUAUGAUAUAGACGCAUUGUCCAGAAUGGUUGAUCCUUCCCUGAAAGGCGCCUAUCCAUCCAAGUCCUUGUCUCGGGUGGCAGAUAUAAUCUCGCUUUGUAUUCAGCCUGAGCCCGAGUUUAGGCCACCGAUGUCUGAGAUCGUGCAGAAGCUUGUAAGCAUUAUACAGAGACAUCCCAACCCCUGAGUUCGAGCUGGAGACUUCCCAACGGGUCGAUAUCUGAGCUGCUGCUUGCUGCUCUUCACAUCUUUGUAAUUUUUCAAGUGUAUGCUGCUGCUUCUCAAAGAGUAAUGCUACUGCAUUUCUUUCCUUUUAGUGUGGGUAGUUAUUCAUUUUUUUUUCUUCUUCAUUUUAACCGGUGGCUUUGAUGUUAGUGUUGUAUGUGUUUGUUGGAUAAAAUCCAGAGUUUGUAUUUCUGUAAUUAGAUUUACAGAAGCUAAAUAGUUUGAUUAUUGAGGGAUUAGUAAUAUUUAAAUGCAGUGUUGGGACAAAAAACAGUUGGGGGUUGGUGCUCCACAUGUGCAAUCCCAUUAUUAUGAUAACUCAUCGUACCCAUGUUUCUUUCCUCUCAA